AUGUCUGACAAGGCGACGCCACAUAGUGCACCCGGCAAAGAUCCCUUCGGACAGCAUGUCGAGGUCGCAACCCCCUGCAAUAUUGGAACUACCGAGACUGCCUAUAUUGCGUGCAUUGAAGCCUUGAGUCCCGAGGAGCAAAAGAGAACUAUUCGUCGUGUUGAUAUCCGCCUGGUUUCGACACUUGGAUUUCUCUACUGCAUCUCCCUUAUGGACAGAAACAACACCGGAAUUGCAAUGAUAGCGGGAAUGAGCACAGAUUUGGCCAUGACAGGAAAUCGCUACUCUGUCGUUGUGCUUUUGUUCUUCAUUCCCUACGUGCUCUUCCAGCCACCAUCGACCGCCAUCCUUCGCAAAGUCGAACCGCGCCUUUUCCUGUCGCUCACAACGCUUGUAUGGGGCUUGACGACGAUCGCAAGUGGCCUUGUUAGGAACUGGAAGGAGCUCAUUCCCCUUAGACUUGUUCUUGGAGCUUGUGAGGCUGGAUUCUUCCCAGGCGAGUACAUAUCAAUAAAGAAACAUGUCAAGGUGGUGGAGACGCUGAACGAUGCCAGGCUAUAUGAUCUGCAGAAACGAAAUGCCGCCUUUUAUCUCAUUGGGACAACCAUAUCCGCAUUCUCAGGUAUACUCGCGCUCGGUUUCUCGCAGCUGGAUGGCUAUGGCAGUGGUCCGACCUGGUGGGGGCGAGUCCGAGUUGAUGGCCACACUGGUGACGUGAGUAUAGAGAGCGGUAUAUCGGGAUGGAGGUGGAUUUUUAUACUUCAGGGUGUGCUCACUUGUGUCGUAGCUGGCGUCGCCUACUUUACCGUUCUGGGCUUCCCUGACGCCAUGAGCAAUGUUUUGGGCCUCAAACUUAGCAAAAGAGAAGCAGACUUUAUCUUGGCAAGGAUCGAACUGGAUAGGAAGGACACCACGGCUGAACGCUUUUCUCUUCGCGAGUAUAUCGCAAAUGCUUACGACCUCAAGAUAUGGGGCUUCGCCGCACUCUUUGGUCUCACCACCAUCAACACUUACGCUAUUGCAUACUUUCUUCCUUUGAUUUUGAAGGAUGGCCUAGGAUUCAGUGUGGCCGUGUCUCAGUGCCUUAUUGCGCCUCCCUACAUUGCAGCAGGAGUAGCUAUGUAUACAAUGGCGUACCUGAGCGACAAAUAUCGGGUUCGUUCUCCAUUUAUCGUGUUCAACGGCUGCCUGCUUCUUAUUGGUAUAAUAUCCGACUCUUGUUUGCCCCUCCUGGGCUUUGCUACCAAUGUGGGCGCUCGAUACUUUGGUGCUUUCAUUACCACCGCAGCUUGCAACGCUAAUGUCCCCAGCAUCUUGACUUGGCAAGCCAACAAUAUUCGUGGCCAAUGGAAGAGAGCGUUUUGCUCAGCAACUCUAGUUGGAACAGGCGGUAUCGGAGGUAUCAUUGGUAGCACUGUUUUUCGUAGCCAGGAUGCACCAGGCUAUCGACCGGGAAUCUACGCCGUUAUGACGGCUAGUGGUAUGAUCAUUCUAAUCACCCUAUCGCUGGAUUUUAAGUUCGUCAGAGCGAACAAGCGCGCUACGGCUGGUGGUAAGGUUAUUGGAGGGUUAGAAGGGUUUCGAUAUACGAUUUAA